AUGCAGAAAUGUUAUUGCGGUGCUAUGAGAUCGGGAAAUGCACAGCAUCAGCAAAAACUUUCGCCAGAUCAUCAUACGCAGCAUCAUCUACGUGGCGAUCUCAGGUCGGUGACCUCAUCAUCCAGACAAAGCCUGCGACCCACCCAGUUUAUAAAACGUCCCAGCAUCAAGACCCAGCCCAAAUUUGGCCUAGGACACUCCAGCACCGAGUUGGCCAAUGACUUCAGUCGCCGGAACUCCACCGCCACAUCCACCUCGGUGAGUCACUGCUCGAGCUGCAGCUGCAGCUCCUCCCAGCAACGGCAGCAGAGCAGGGCCAAGGUUUUGCGCUGGGGCUGGGAACGAACAGGAGGUGUUGACACCGCCAACAAAGGUGGCACUUACAACACGAACCACUAUGAAAAGUACACGGACAACCGACGUCUUUAUGAGCAGAGCGCAUGCGUCGCCAGUCGCCAGAGGAGCCAAGGUCAGGGUCAUGUUCACAGCGGCGACUCAUCGCCAUCACCACGCCCAGUUCAGUGGCCCAGCCAGCAGUCCGCGGAUGAGUUGCAGCAACUGCAGGCCCUGCAGCACUUCCGCCUGAUGAACGCCAGCGAAUGCUUCAGUGAUGGCCGCCAGGAUGAACUGCGUUUGCAGCAGGCCUACGAUAAAUUAAGUGUCAGCAGCACGGACAAGUGGAACAAGGAUCGGGCUAAUGAAAGCAGGCAGCAGGAGAUCACCAGGAGCAGCACUCCCUAUGCCCUGAGGCAGAAGUUGCUCCAGCUGAGGCUGCAGGCGGAGGAGAGGCUUGGCAGAGGCACGGGCGCCAGGUGCGCUCCAUUAGGGAAGAGUUGUGCCUUGAGAUACAAUUGAUAAAAGAUGGGUGUUUAUGGCAAUAUAUAAAUAUCGAACAAUCCUUGUAGUAAUCUAAGAGAUUUUAUAA